GUGGAUUUGUAUUCCUGAACUGAGCGCGACGAAAUGACGAAAGUUACUGAGGGAGAAAUUUCACAUGGCGUUCAAGAUGUCGGGAAAUAUUAUCUGAAUUUUCCUAUCCUAGCCAAAGGAUUCGUCCGCCAGGACUCGGUACACGACUUUGUAAACAGCGAUUCCGAUGGAGACUUUAUAGCACUGAGCGGAUCCAAAUCGGAAGUGAUCACCCUGGAGUUGAGCAGCAAGUUCAUGGUCGUGGAUCCCUUUCCCUAUUUUGUGGCCAUUUAUGAUUCCAACGCUGCGGAAACACGACCCCUGGACGUUUUGGCCAACAAAGUGGAUCUGGUGUCCAUAUACGACAGCUGCGAUGUCCUGGAGGCACAGCACUUGGCCCUGGACCCGGCAUACACGGCUGUGUGCUCCGUUGCCGUGCCACCAUCCAGAUUAAGAGCUGUUAAGAGGGCACCCAAGCAGGUAGCUAAUGGAAAUCUCCUCCUGGGCUCCCUCAACACCUAUGGAUCCUUGAGCCUGAUAAACAAGUCUGCAGAGUACAAUCGUUGGAACCCCCUGGAAGGACUAAAUAUCGCUGAAACUCUGAGGGACACUCUGCUGCCUGAAGUGGACAUCGGCAAGAUUAAAGACUUUAAAAGCUAUCAAGAAUAUAUUAACCCCGCGUGGAUCACUAUGUUUGCUUGGUUACCUGAUAAUGCAGAUACCACUGGCCAGCAUGUUUUGGUGCUGGGAACCGCUUCCGGAAGUUUGUGGUUGCUCACACUAAGCGCCGAUGCCAAAACUCUUUUGAGUCAUCAAGAAACGAAAACCUCAAUGGGUCGUAUCUGCCAUAUACAAGCUUUCAAGGACCUUCUACUGGUGGGCGAUAGCAACGGCCUCAUCCACCUGUACCAAUUGCCAGCAAAGGGAAAUACAGCUCUCGUCUUAGUGAAGCCCUUGUGGGAGAAAGCCGAUCGCAUGGGUCUGCAAAUGGCAGUGAUCACUGAAUGUCCCAGAACGGAUUGCUAUUAUAUAACCUGUUGCAAGGCGGCGCACCUGCUGACCUGGAGCAUGCCAAGAACGGGAAACACAGACUGCCUGCAAGCACGGAUCUAUGUCGGCGGAAUGAAGAUCACCGCUCUCUGCAGCCUGGACAACACUAGCUAUGCUGCAGGAACCGCUGGAAGCUGUCUGCAUUGCGUACAAAUUAUCCACGAGAAUAAUCAGCUUAGCCUGCAGACGCAAUCGAUAGCCAUGAGUGUUCUCCAGGAUUUCCAGGUAAUGGGGCUGUGCACCAGUAGGCACAAAAACUUAAUGACCCUGUUUCUAUACCGCAACAAGGAAUAUCUGAAUGAGACUGUGUCUCAAAAGAACCAGUUGGUUAUGCAGGUGCUCAAGGUGGGGAAUCAGGAUCCACUUGAACAGCUUAUCAGGCAUCUGAAAUCCAAUAAGCCCAUGAAUCACUAUACCGAUUUAUUAGCUGCACUACGUCUGCACGUUUUUGCCGAGGAGAAUUGGCAAAAAUAUAUGGAUUUUGGUCCAUUAGAUUCCUUUGAAUUUGCGGAUUCCGCCACUGAGGGUCAGCUGCAGCAGCUGCAAAUCAAAUUUCAUGUCCUUCAGAACGCGAUUCGCCUGCAAUCGAGCCACCUCCAGCUGACUGUUCACAUCCAAAAGUCGCGGGAUGAACUGCAGCUGCUCCUUGCGAUGCUGAAUAUCACACACAUAAGACUGAGGCUCCAGUUCAUUGGGUCAUUGAGUAAGAGAUCACCAUUCCAGGAGCAGGCGAUACAGUGUAUGUUCGAGGAGGCCCACCGACUGAUAAAUAAACUUAAGGCCGACUUUACGGAAAAUCAUGUCCAAGGAUCCACAGCAAAGGAAUUCGUUGAGAAAAUGGACAACCAUAUUCAGCACUUGCACGAGAUGCUGGGUAUACCUGUGAUAUCUAAUUCCCAGAAGCAACUUCAUCGAUGCAGUGUGUCCUUUGUGGAGAUCUCCCUCAGCUUGGACCGACGCUACUGCAGCCUCUGCGACCGCCAGGUCAUUUUCGAGCUGGACAAUCUGCGAGAGCUCUACGAGUCUGGGAGAAAUCUGGCAUGUCCCGUUUGCCAUGGAAGCUUUGCCACGGAAAUGUUUGAUGCAUAAACGUUAAAUUUAUUCUCAAUC